GCACUGAUCGAUGUACGAGGGUUUUGAAGAAUUCUUUACGAAAGUGUACUCUGACUGUUGUUUACGCCUCGCCAAGCGGUGAUUGGCAAUUCGAUAAGAAGCGCUUUAAAAUAAAGUAGUUCAGCCUCGUUUGCUGCCGCUAACAACGCUUGAACCACUCACAACAUAUAACAAAGACCGUUGUCAGUUAUUCCAAAAGCUGGCAAUGAGCAGGAAUUGCAGAUUGUUCUAAACAAUUGACAGUUUGCAUAUAGUUUACCAUGCACGGUCAGAUUCUAUAUAAAAUCACAGCCUGGGUCGUGAUAAUCGCAGUCGGAUGCUGUGCCAAUGCACCGAUUCGUUUCGAAUCCGAGUGCAAUGCGCCGACCACACCCACCGGCAUCGCGGACAACAGCCCCGUAACAGCCGGCGGUACACUUCGUACGGACAUGUUAAGCGCAGAGGAAUGCGUGACCUAUCAUAAAAUGCCCUGUGGUGACGAUGACGAGAAUUACUGCCCAAUGGUCUAUGCACGGAACCAUUCGAUGGACCCUCUUUCGCACACCUAUGUCACCAUUACCUGCCAGUUCGGCAGCACGCGCACCGCCCUCGCACAGUUCGCCCGCAAUGUUAGCAUCACCAGCGCUAACCGGGCCGUUGUGCUGAAAAUGAACGAACGAAACGACACCGAAGAUCCGCUGCAUUCUGACGUCAUUGGACCCAUUCGUACACAGAUUAUUGAGCUGGACGUGCAUCGAGGCGCCACUCCAGCGCUCACCACGAAAAUCUACAAUGCCGGUGCUAUACCAAAUCUGGUUAUGUUACAAGUGGGGUAUGCCAAGAAUCUCGUAAUAAAACGGCAUGAUUUUUCCGGACUUCCCAGUGUUCGCUGGAUCACCUUUACGUAUUCCAGCGUAAAAGAAUUAGAACCGUACACCUUCACGGACCUGGCUCACUUGAAAACUUUGUCCUUGGAAGGGCGCGUAGCGUAUAACAUCGAUAUGAGGCAAUUACCUAAGGAUGAAUUGGAGAGUGUGAAACGGCUCCACUGUGACUGCUCGUUUGCGUGGUACCGCAACUUCCUCAAGCGGAAUCCACACUUAAUCCAAAAGAAACGUGUGGGAGAAGCGGUCGCGAUCGGGACGUAUGCAAGUGAGGAAUUCCCCAUGGACAUGGGUUUGUGGCCUGACCCGUUGACUGUCAACUGUGCUGCAGCCUUGGAUAAGGAUAAUGUCUAUCGUAAUCGCAAAUUAAACCAGUACUCAUAUAAUACCUCGUGUAACGAAUUAGCAUGCUAAAAAUCUAUACCCUGUUGCUGGCUUUUUGCUUUUCAACAAGGCUUUCCAGUUGUGGAGUAUUGGUUAACAUACUGCCUGUUUUUCGUUGAACAGUUAAAAAAUCAUUAUGGACAGCUAAAACUAACCGAUGACAAAGAUUUUGUCAUUUUUGAGUUUAGUUUAACUGCUUGAACUUAUUUCUUUGA